CAUACGCAAUCACCCUGGGCAAGAUUUUGGCUUUUUUUUCGCUAUUCGCAAGCGCACCUCUUGCCUGCGCCACCAUUAAUUGGACUCGCCCGGCAGAUGAACAUGGAAGUGGUGCCAGUAAUUGCAAUCCCAAAGAUGCUGACUGUGGGAUUUCUUGUCGAGGAUGAUGAGGAGCAGGAUACGAUUGCCACCAGGCAGAUUGCCUGUACAUUGCUAAGGAAACCGUCCACAGUGCAGCAUGCUGAGGUUAUUAUCAUCACAAGCAUACCGGUGUCACUUCCUGACGCAAUGUUGUGGGUGGGGUUGAAAAGCUUAUCCAUCCAGUUCCCGGUAUACCUCAUUCAGCUCGUUGGCAUCCUUCCACAACUUCCUCACCUGCAGUGGCUACUCGUCGGCGCAAUUUUACGAUGCAGAAGCACACUGGCCAGCUGUGCAGUGCAGUCAGAUAUGGAGCGAUACAGUUCGGUUUCUCUGUCUUUUCUCCAGCAUCGUACAUAUCCCAACUGUGCCAUCCCUUAGUGCAGUGCGGAGUCUGGUGGCUGGGCUGCCAUCUCUGCUUAGGCUUGCUCUGCCUGAUGGGGUGCUAGACAGUGCAAAAAGGCGUUCUUGCUGAAGGCGAUACUGCAAUGGGACAAUACGAUGUGGUUAGCUAUUAUCCAGAUCAAAUAUCUGAGUAUCUCAACUACCAGAUACCGUACAAGCGUUGAAUAGAGGUUCCAAUACACUAUUUUGUAUUUGCAACUGACGAAAGAGAUU